AUGUCCACUAAGUUGGCCUUCAUCGAAGUCGAAGCCAGCGGCAUCUGGCCUGUUCGUUCGCUCAAGAUCUCGGCCAAGGACUACGUCACCGAGCGGGUCGUCGCCACCGCCGAGACCAGCGGGUUCGAAGGCAACUCCCCGGCGUUUACCAAGAUCUGCCAGGACCUGGACAGGAAGGGCUACAAGCUCUCCGAGAAGGCAUGGGACUAUGCCCAGGCCGAGCUCCGCAUGGACUACAAGACCUUCGCCGGAUACAUCUCCGACGGCACCGACCUGGCCAAGGGCUACGUCAACAAGUGA